AUGCCAGAAUCUACAAUAUCAACAUCCACAGCUACUACAAUAAAAGAAAAAGAUGAUUUUCUAAUAAUAAAUAAAACAGAUAGUUCAAUAACUUCAACAAGUGAAGAUGAUGAUAAUUAUGAUUUAAAAUCUUCAACUUCCUCACUUUUAUUAAAACAAAUUCCUUUAAAAACCAAAAAGGAAGAAGAUGAUGAAGAAACUGUAAUAACUACAACUAAUACAACAAUUGAUAAGUUAAAUGAAAAUAAAGAGAAGGAAGAGGAAGAAAUUAUUGUUACUUCGUCUAAUAUUGUUGUAAUCCCCUCAGAAAUCCGCUCACCGCCAUAUUCUCCACAUUCUUUUGCAAAUACAUCUACAUUUUCCUCUCCAAAUAGUGAAGGUAUUAUGCAUACAUUUGAUGAUGAAGAAUUUUGUGCUCAAUUGGCAAAAGCAGCUGAAGCUUCUAUAUCACCUUUUAUGCAUAAGACGACAACAACAAAGCCAGUUAGGGAAAUUAGUGAAGAACCUUUAGAACAUUGGGUUAUGUUGCCGGACAGUCAGCAACAAUUAAAAGAAUGUAGUACACAAACAACAGAAGAAAUUGAAGAGAAUCAUCCUUCAACUAGUUGUUGGGAUGAAGCAAAAAGUGUUGAGAUUGAUAAUUAUGUUAAUGUUUAUUCUAAUGGAUAUUAUUCAAAAUUAAUUGAAAAAGAAGAAGAAAAGGAGACAAGACCCUCAGAAUUUCCAAAAAAUGAAGUUCCAUUUAUUGACACUUUUUCCGAAACAAAUAAAUCUGAGUUGGAAACCAUUCCAUUGGAAGUAGAAAGGAGGCAUAUUGGCUUUUACAAAAAUUUGGAAGAAGAAGAUAAGAAGCCUGGAGCAUUGGAAAAACUAACUCAGAUUUUCAAAGAAAGCAAGAAAAUCGAGGAAUAUCCAGUUAAAUCUGAUCCUUUUACUGGCCAAGUUGCUAGUACUAGUGCCAUGAUUGAAGCUAAAAAUGAGCCAAUCCAAUCUUUUGUCAACAUUUAUUCUUCUGGACGCUCUGAUGAAGCUCCAACAACUAAGACUACAGAAUUUCCCGUUAAUGAACCUCCAUUCACUGGGAAUGUUUCUGAAUCAAAUCGGCGGUUAGGACUUACUCCAAUACCUUUGGAGGUUGAGCAUCUGCAUCAUGGAUAUUACGAUCAUUUGCCUUCAACAAGUAGUGAAGAAGAGAAGAAGCCUGGAGCGCUAGAAAAACUAACCCAGAUUUUCAAAAGGUCCAAAACAGAUGGAGGCUAUCCUGUUGAUUCUGAACCUUUUACUGGACCUUUAGCUCCAUUAAAUAUAAUUUGUGAGGCAAGAGAAGAACCAAUCCAUUCAUUAGUUAGUGUCUACUCUUCUGGGCGAUAUGAUGAAGUUCCAACAACAACAAAAAUGAAUGAAUAUCCUUCAAAUGAAGCUCCGUAUAUUGGCAAUGUUUCGGAGUCAAAGAUAGUACCGGAAUUGGAAGGAAAACCAUUAGAAAUUGAAGAUAAACUUGUUGACUUAACUACAGAGCUUCCAACAGAAUUAAUAGAGUAUCCAAACUUUGAGGAAAUAUUUAUUGGACAUAUUCAUGAAUUACAAAGGAAUGAGGUAGAAAAUGUGCCAUUGGAAGUUGAGAAGAAGUAUACUGGAUUUUAUGAAGUUUUGCCCUCAACAUCAAAGGAAGAGAAGAAGCCUGGACCACUUGAAAAACUAACAAGAAUUUUUAAAGGAAGCAAGAAAGGCGAAGAAUUUCCUGUAGAUUCUGAGCCAUUUACCGGUUUAAUUGCCACUACUAGUGCCUUGCCUGAAGCACAAACAGAACCCAUUCAUUCUUUUGUCAGUGUCUACUCUUCUGGAUAUUCUGAUGAACAACCAACAGUAAAAACUAUCGAAGUUGUUGAAGAAAUAGCUGGCAAUUUACCUGAAACAAAUGUGCAUUCUGAAAUGCAACAUAUGCCUAUUGGAUUCGAAAAGAAGCAUAUUGGUUAUUAUGAACAGCUGCCCUCAACGUCAACAAAAACAUCAGAAUAUCCCAAACUUGAACAACCAUUUAUUGGCCACAUUCAUGAUUUACAACAAAAUGAAAUUGAAAGUGUGCCAAUAGAGGUUGAAAAUAAGCACGUUGGAUAUUACGAACAUCUUCCAACUUCAACAACUAGCAAGGAAGGAAGGAAGCCGGGAACUUUAGAAAAAUUAACUAGCCUAUUCAAAGGAAGUAAAACAGAAGGAGAAUUCCCGGUCGAUGCUGAACCUUAUUCUGGCCCUAUCACAUUGACUAACACCGAUACUGAUCUGACAACUGAGCCAAUUCAUUCAAUGGUUAGUGUCUACUCUUCUGGUCGAUCUGAUGAGAUUCACCAAUCAAAAUCAACAGAAUUUCCAAUUAAUGAAACUCCAUUUGUUGAUCAUGUCCCAGAGUCAAAGCUUCAUUCUGGAAUGGAACAUAUACCCUUGGAUUUGGAAAAGAAGUAUAUAGGGUAUUAUGAGCAGCUUCCCUCAACGUCAACAGCAAAAUUCUCAGAAUAUCCAGAACCUGAACAACCAUUUAUUGGCCAUAUUCAUUCUUUAAAACGGAAUGAAAUAGAAGUUAUGCCAUUGGAAGUAGAGAACAACUAUAUUGGAUUCUAUGAUCAUUUACCUUCAACAACUCUCAAAGAAGAAAAGAAGCCUGGAACACUUGAAAAACUGACUAAGAUUUUUAAAGGAGGCAAAAAUCUUGAAGAGUAUUCUGUAGAUUCAGAGCCAUAUUCUGGCCAAAUUGCUAGUACAAGUGCAAUGCAUGAAUCCAAAAUGGAACCACUUAAUUCAUUAGUCAAUGUUUAUUCUUCUGGACGUUCUGAUGAAGUUCCUUCGACAACAAAAAUGCCAGAAUAUCCGAAAGAACAACAAUACAUUGGCCAUGUCCCAGAUUCUUCUAGACAGAAUGAAUUACAUGAAAUCCCUCUCGAAGUUGAGAGAAGACAUAUUGGUUAUUAUGAACACCUUCCUCUACAACCUAAAGAAGAGCCAAAACAUCAUGGGGCACUCGAAAGUUUAGCACAUUUUUUCAAAAGUGAACCAAAACAUGAUACUUACCCCAAAGAUAUCGGUGAGUGUUUUCACCAAAAUUCUUUCUUAACCUCCCUUAAUUUUAGCUCCGUUUGCUGGACAUUUAUUUGAAAGCUCAAGGCCUUUAGAAUUAACUGAAGCACCUAUAGAUAACCAAGUUGCCGUUUACUCUUCUGGACGUUCUGAUGAAAUUC